AUGAAAGAUUACGAUCCUGAUGAGGAGUCUACUUAUAUUCAAUAUCUUGAUGCAAACAAUCUUUACGGAUGGGCAAUGUCACAAUCACUUCCAACACAUGGAUUUAAAUGGAUGAAAAACAUAACAAAAGAAACCGUAAUGGAUAUUCUGGAGAAAGCAAAUCAUAGUAUGUCAAAUCUUGGAAGAAAAGGAUCUAUAUUUGAAGUAGAUUUGGAAUAUCCCCAUAAACUACGGAAAUCACAUAAUGACUAUCCUCUAGCACCUGAAAAAAUGAUUGUUAAUGGUGUUGAAAAACUAAUUUGUCAUUUUAAACCCAGAAAAAACUACGUUGUACAUUAUCGAAAUUUGAGGCAAUAUCUUGAGAUGGGAAUGAAAAUAACUGCAGUUCAUAGGAGUGUAACAUUCUAUCAAAGUUCUUGGAUGGAGCCUUACAUAAGAAAGAAUACUGAACUUAGAAAAACAGCAGCUAGCAGUUUUGAGAAAGACUUUUUUAAGUUAAUGAAUAAUUCCGUAUUUGGAAAAACAAUAGAAAACAUAAGGAAAAGACAAAAUAUAUUUCUUGUGGAUGAUCGUAAAAAAGCCUCAAAACUAACAAGUCGUCCAAACUUUGACAGGGCAACAAUAUUUGAUAAAAAUCUUAUUGCAGUUAACAUGAAAAAAACUGAAGUGUACUUUAACAAACCAGUAUAUGUUGGUCAAGCAAUUCUAGAUCUGUCAAAAACAUUAAUGUUCAAUUUUCAUUACAACUAUAUUCAAAGGAAAUAUAAAGAUAGGGCUGAGUUAUUGUUUACAGAUACCGACUCGUUAAUGUAUCAGAUUCAUACAGAUGAUUUUUAUAAAGAUAUAUCCUAUGAUAUAGAAAACAAGUUUGACACAUCUGAUUAUCCUCCUAACCAUCCAUCUGGAAUACUGACAGGGGUUAAUAAAAAAGUAAUAGGAAUGUUUAAAGAUGAAGUAGCAGGAAAACAAAUUACUUAUUUUGUUGGAUUGCGACCCAAACUUUAUAGUUUUAAAAUAGAAGAAACUAAAGAAGUUCGUAAAUGUAAAGGUAUAAAGAAAAAUGUUGUAAAAAAGGCAAUAGAAUUUGAAGACUAUGUACAGUGUUUAUUUUUUGGUGAAAAGCAAAUAGUGAGAUCUAUGAAAAUUAUAAGAAGUGAAAAUCAUGAUAUAUAUUCAAAAGAAGUAAAUAAAAUAGCUUUGAGUAAUGAAGAUGAUAAACGCAUUGUGAUGGGGGGGUAAAGUGAAUACGAUGGCUUUAAGAUAAUAAGAUAUAAAUAAUAAAUGACUUACACAAAAGAAGAGAUAGAAAAAUAUUUGGAAAUAUUAAGAAGUUACAAUAACACCCAAUCAAAAGUGGAAUCAGGCGUUUGUAAAAAAAGUUAGAUGUAGUAAUUGUCAAAGCAAUAGUUUUACUAUUGAAUCAGGUUAUAACAUUUGUGAUUCUUGUGGGACAACUAAAGGUCAUGUUCUUGGUUAUUUUGACUUAAAAGAGUACGAUCGAUUUCAUUUUCGAAAGAAGAGUAUUUAUCAGAGGAAGUAUCACUAUGAGAAAAAGGUUGAUCAAGUCUCUAAAAGAUUACAUCUGACUGAGGAUGAAAAGUGUGAAUUGUACAAUAAACUAAUGGUAAUAGACAAUCACGUCAUGGAAAUACAAAACAAAAAACACUGUAGAAAGAGAAUGAUAAACAUUUUCUACUUGAUCAAGAAGACUCUUCAAGAAAUGGGGUGUGAAAAGUACAAACUAGUUUAUCUUAAGAUUUCUCCCCAAACUUUGGAGAAUUAUGAAAAGUGGUGGGAUAGUUACAAAUCACUCCUUUGUGAAAGCACCAGUAAA